CCGUUCACCCUGGUGUCACGUUGAGUUGUGGAGGACCCUCCCCCCCUGCAGAGCCAGAUAAGAGGCACACAACAACAUUUGGGAUUAGUGUGAGUCUAAAAAGCAAACGAGGAACUCUGACUAAAGCAAAAUUUGGGUGAAAGGAGGACUUUUUUUUUUUUCAUUUCUACCCUUAUUAUAUGAAGGAUUCUCAACCGCAUUGAUCAAAACACUGUGAGCUGGCUUUGGAUUUGGGACAGCUGCUGGAUGAAGAUGAGGAUGUUGUUUUUCUGCAGUCUGCUUUUCCUGAUGGGAGGAGAUGUUCUCCUGGCCUGCUCUCUGAAGAACUACACGCUGUACGUGGAGAGACACGAGUGCGGUCACUGCAUGGCCGUCAACACCACCAUGUGCAGCGGAAUGUGCUUCACACAGGACACGAACAUGAGAGGAUUUGUGGGCAAGCGUUUCCUGAUUCAGAGAGGAUGCAUGCAUCGUUCUGUGGUCUAUCAUUCUGCCAGGAUGCCCGGCUGUCCCGUCCACAUCGACCCCCUCUUCUUUUACCCCGUGGCAAACCGGUGCCGCUGCACAAAAUGCAACACUGCCAAGAACGAGUGUGUCUACAAGCCAAGUCACAUUCCCAGCAAAUGUUCCGAGCACCUGCGAGCAGUCUGAGGACGAAGAACCUGGACCUUUUCUUCGGAUAACCUUUUCUGUGUUCUGUUAGAAAGUCUUUUUCAAUUCAAGUAUUUAUAUAGAUUUCAGCUAUGAAUUUUUGAUGAAUGAGUGAAUAUUGCAGGUGACAGAAGGUCUUUGUUCUGGUUCUCCUGUCCGCAUCUUUUUCACUGUCAAUCUCUGCAUUAAACACUCAAGUCUCAUUUACUGUUACUCCUAAUAUCAUUCACUACUUUUUUUUUUUAAACCAAAGGCUUCCUUUUUGCUAGCCAUA